GUUGCUGUUGCGUCAAGAUUUUUGGGGUACAUAAUGGCUCAGAACAUCCAGAGCGUGACCCUUUCCUUAACUCUACCAAUCUCAUGUCAGAUUUGUCUCGGAAAGGUACGCCAUCCAGUGAUCUGUGCUAACAACCAUGUCUUCUGCUCUACUUGCAUUGAAGUGUGGCUGAAGAGAAAUAGCCAGUGUCCAACCUGCAGGGUUCCUAUUACACCGGAGAACCCCUGUAGAGAGAUCAUAGGUGCAACAAAUGAAAAUGAAGGUGAUGACAGCCAUACUGUUAGAAAGCAUCUUCGAAAGACCAGGCUUGAGCUACUACUCCGAGAGUAUGAGGAUGAAAUAGAGUCUCUUCGAAAAGAAAACGAGGAGCUGAGAAGCAAAAACCUGAGCUUGGAGUCUCCACUGCAAACUGUCCGUGACCCGUCAGCCCUAUCGCUAUCUAAUAAAAAUGAGGACUGCAAGCAGAAUGGAGAGGACAAGAGAAUUGACCCCGAUAUGGUGAAGGAAUGGAAAGAGAAACUCAAAGUUGCUACUGACAUUUAUGAGAAAGUGAAAACUGAUGGUGCAAAGUUGAAGGAGGCAAAUCAGAAUCUGAGAAGUCAAAACAUUGAUCUUGUGAGAGAGAAUCUACGUCUGAAAGCCGAGGUUGACAGUAGAUCUCCACAAAAGUUUGGAAGGUGUACUGUUGCUGCUCUGCAGGAAGAGAUCAGCCAGUAUGAACGGGAUGUUAAACACCUGAGAAAAGCCCUUGAAAGAAGUGAUAAAUAUAUAGAAGAGCUGGAGGCCCAGACCUCCAGUAUCAGGGGGGAAACAGGUGUAAAGGAAGAUAUGGGUGGAUCUUUGAAGACACUAAAUCCAAGCUUUUCUGAUUCUGAAGCUGAGGAAGUGGAAUACAAUCAAGAAUGUUCUGUAGCAUGGGACAGGCAAAAUGAAAACGAGCCAAACCUGACUGUGUCAUUGCAUCUUAGUGAACUAGAACAGCCAUCAGUCAGCAGAUUACAAGGUAAUGGUUCACUGUGCUCUGACCAACCUAGUAGCAAUUGCACAGAUGUGGUUAUGAGGAAUGAGAAAUUAGCUAGUGCCAGGUCGCCUCUUUUUACCAGAGCAGGUAACAGCAACAACCCUGGUGUGGUACAUGGAAAGAGAAACGGCAGAGAGGAUGGCACUCCAAAGAAAGAUAAGAGUGAAUCUGAGUUUGAUCCCACAAUGUCUACUCCUUCUACCUCCUUUAGCUGUCUAAGUUUGAAUAGCCCAAGUGAUCAAGGUAGAAAAAAGACUGGUAGCAAGCCUUUAUUCUACCUACGGAAACUCAGUUUUGAUGAUCCUAGUUGUAGCAGCAUGUCUGGUGAAGGUAAUAAAACUGCAGGUAAUCCUCACUCAGGCAGCUGCAGCCCUAGAGAGGAGAGAGCAACUGUUUCUUCAGCUUGUCACACUGGUCCCAAGACUCGUAACAAAGACCUUUGCACUCCACCUGGAGAUGCAGCCACUGCAGGACAUACUAAAAUGGCUCGGAACUCUGCUAGAACUUUUCAACUUAUUUCCGACUUUGAAGUAAACCGUUUAAGGACAUCAAGUGAGGCUUCCAUGGAUGCUGCUUACCUUGAUAAAAUCUCUGAACUGGACACUAUGAUAUCUGAAUCUGAAAGCAGCAGGGGCUCUCAUUACUCUUUAAUGUCAACACAGUCCUCUGACCUUGAUAUUGCUUUGAUACCAGAGCUCACAGGUUGUGUUGAAGUUAUGAAUGAAACUGACAGAAGGCUUGAGCCAAAGGCGAGAAGAAGACAGCAUGUUGCAUCAUAUUCUCAAGAAAACAGUGAAAUAAGAAGUGGUGAAACAGUAGCCACGUCCAACAGCACUUCAGGCACCACCAAUCCGAAACAAGAAUUGUGUUUAUUUGGAGAGGAGGAUACAGAAGUUAGUGAUCUUCAAACAAAACAGGAUUUCUUGCAAUUGGAUGAACUUUCUACCGAUUUCUUUGCAGACUCGCAAGGAUUUUUUGGAAAUCCAAAGGCUGGGUCUUCACAUUCUCCCCGCUCAGGAGAAGCCCAGCUUGACCAAGCAAAGAGUCAUUCCUUGUUUCUUUGUACAGCAUUGGCAUCUGAAAAGGGCAAGAACAUAGGAUCAAAAAUCAGUAGCACCCUGCCUAUAAAAAGAAAAACUAGAAGUGGCCUUGACAUGGCCAGUCCUUCUAAAGCAUCCAAGUUACUGUAGGUCUUUUUGCUGCUGGUGGUAUCUGUUCUAUCCAUAGUGGCCAACAGAUUCCAUAAUAAAAUACAUAAACAGAAUGAGUACAAUUUGAAAAAAAAUAUCGGCAACUAUUAUGAAGGUGUUCACAAAGUAAAAUAAUACAGUUUUGUAAGCAGUAAUUGUUUGAACUUUUUUUAAUAGUUGUGUUCAAAUGUUUUUUCUUUUUGCUUCUGCUAAGACUUUUUGAGAGUAUACAUCCAACCACUGUAAUGUACUGUAUGUUUUCUAAAUCAAUUAGUGCCAGGUGUAUGCUUAGUGAUUACUGUAUGAAUCAUUGUGUAAACCUGCAGAUUAGUUGAAUUGUUAUGCACGUGCUUAAUGUUGUAUUUAUGAAAUGUUAACUGCAAA